CGCCGCACCUGUGCGGUGGAGCUGAGGUGACACAGCGCGGCACCGUCCUGCCGAGACCGGUCGCCAGACAUCAGGACUGCUCUGAAGGCGCCCAGUCGCCCUCGCCAGCCGCCCGAGCCACUCAGAGACGGUGCCAUGUGCCAGUGCUCGUUGACGUGCCACGACCUCAGCCUCUGGCACCUGGAGCCCUGGCGCUUCGUCACCACAAGUUGGCAGUACCCCAGUCGCCGCCAUUACAGCUACGUCUGUUACCGGAUCACGGUCGCCUUGUUCUUCUUCGUCUGGACAAUUAUCGACAUGGCCACCUAUGGACCGGGACCGAAGUCUCGCUGGAUGAUCCACAUCACCAACUGGAGCAAGCUGCUGAUGCUGAUCGAGGUGGUGCUACAGGCGUCUCUGACGGCCCACUUUCAGCUGUGGAAGCUACGGCGCCGCCCACCUGGGACACCGGCGGUGCACCAGGUCAGCUUCAACCCCCUGCUGCGAUUCUUCUACGCCGCCGAGUGGCUCUUCACGUCCGUCAGUGGUGUGUUUGCCAUUGUGACUGUGUUCGUCUCUUUUCUCGCGAAUAACGGCGGCGCGUUCGGGACUGCGCGCUACUUCACUGGGCUGCUGUACGUAAUCGCCGAUCAUCUGCUGCACAACCAGCCCAAGCACAUGCUGCACGUCUUCUACGCGCUGUUCCUGCACGUGCUGUACAUAGUGUUUGAGGCGGUGUACGUGCUGGCGGGCGGCACCACGCCGAGCGGCUCGUCGGUGAUCGACGGUCUGGACUGGAGCCGUCCGGAGACGGCCGGCUACGUCAGCCUGUCGGUGGUGCUGGUGCUGGCGGCGCACGGCGGCCUCUGGCUGCUGGCGCGGCUCCGCGAGCUGCUCUACAGCUGCGUCAGCGCUGACCACGCCAUCAAACUGCCGCUGACCGGCGGCGCGGACAGUCAGCAGGCGCUGGCGCCGCCCUACGGAGCCACCAGACACGACCCGGAGGGCGGCAACAUCAGCCCGGCGCCCGAGUCCUAUAACGGUGGUGGAAGCUCGGAGCCGGUCAAAGUCACCGGAGAGCCCUCAGAGUCCGGUGGACACAGCCCUGCCUCUCACCAGCCGUCACGCUCUGCUGACCAUGGCGGCCACCCGAGCUCCGACAGCCGAGCGCCCGAGACAGGCUGGAGGGAGGGAGUUCCCGUGUCACCCGAAGGCUCGCAGCAGCCGCACUGAAACCACCGACAGGCCCUUGGGGAAAUAUUUGAAUCUGACGCAUGUUGGAAAAUGACCACAGUGACGGAGCAAAAACGGUACGGGAUUUGGAGAAGACGUGUAGGCUAUACGAUGGACUCAUCUGAUCAGAUGCACAAGGCUAAGAUAGCAAAAAAGGUCCCGACUCCCGACCGCUUCCUGCCUUUUUCCACCGCCGUUCGCCUCAAUGAAACACCAACACAAGUAGUACACAAACCUUGCGGGCACUAACGGGAGUGGGACUCGAGGCUUAGCGAUAGGUAUGCCUAAUGCCUUAACAUUGUUUAUUGGCCAUUGACCAUACUGACUAUUCCGAGACGUCAGCUGCGAGGAAUGUCUUCGUUAUUGCCGUGUGGACUGGGAAUUCUUCCAAUUUCCAUUUUCCUUUCAUCCCAUUUUUUUUUGUGUGUGUACCCUCACGGCUCACCUACGGGACUGUGUUGAUGUGCAGGACAGGCAUUUUGUGGUCUUUGGCCCAACUAGCUCGACUAACGCGAUGUCGUACGAUACCAUGCACGUUUAGUUUCUGUGCUAGCAUUUGGGAGCACAAAGGAUUAGCCUAUCAAUCUCGGGCAGCCAGGAAGGUAAAAGGAAAGGAAGGCCGCACACCGUCUCUGACUUGUACGUUACCUACGUAACCAUAAACCAACAGGCAACAGAGCGGAGCGUUUGCCGUUGCCCGUUUUAGCGCGACUGGAGUUGGACUACGGAAUUACGUGAUACGCAGUUAUGCACUGCUACGCCCCAGUUUCGCUUCACUUUCUGAGACACCAAAUAGCCUGUUGUUAUCGCUUGAGAAAACA